GUUGUUGGUGAGACUGUAUUGCAUUCGAAUCCAUUUCGAUUGGUGGAAACAAUGAAGCUUUUUUCAGCUGCUCUGGCGUUGGCCGUAGUUGCCGUAUGUCUACAAGGAAGCGAUGGAAUGAGAAAAAAUGCUGUGACUCCCAAGGCGAAGAGUUUUUCGUUUCAGUCGUCGUUUUAUCCAGCUCAAAAGAGGCAUCAGUUGACACAGGCAGAAAAGGAUAUUAUCUCCGAAGUUUUGGCAACGUUGCAAGCCGCGAUCGAUGCUUUGCUGCAGUCGAUAACUGGUGAAAUCGGUUCGAUCUGGGCCCCUAUUCAAGCCAUCAUUGACCAAAUUUUGGCGAGCUCUGAAAACAAUAAGUCUGAGCUGCAGAGAAUCCUCGUGACUCUGAAAACCGCUCACGAGAAGAAGACGUCAGUCGCAAAGGGCAUCAAACAAAGUGAUCCUUUGGAAGAAUUGUUGGCUUUGCUUGAGCAGGGAAUCGAUGGAAUUUUGGCGAUUGUUGACGGCAGUCUUGAAGACGCCUUGAUUUAUUUGCAAAAUCUGGUGGACAUGGUUCAUGAACUUCAAGAGCAAUCCGCGGAAGGUUUGGAACAGCAGCUGAUCGACAUGAUCCUUCAAUCUCUGGGAACCCUCCUCGGACAAAUUGAAGACUUGCUCGGAAUCACUUCCCGGAAAACUGUGAAAAUGGCGUCUCUUUUCCACUCGCUGAGAGACCCCAAGUCGAAUAUGCCCAGAAAUGUGCGCGUUUUCAAAGCUCUCCAACUUCGCAAAAUGAUUGAGAGGUUCAUGCAGAAGGAUGCUUUGGACGAUCUAAUGGCUCUUCUUGAACAAGGACUUGAUGGAAUUUUGGCCAUGGUUGAUCAAAAUCUUCACGAUGCCCUUCAGUACGUUCUCGAUAUGCUUGACAUGCUGCAUGAGCUGUCUCUGGGAACCCUGUUGGGCCAGAUUGAGGACAUGCUGGGCAUCACGCCUUGA